AUGCGCUACCGACUCCUGCCGUACAUCUACACGCUCGGAUACCACGCGCACGCUGAAGGUCUCCCCAUCGCUCGUCCGCUGCUGAUGGAGUUCCCGACCGACACUGCCACGUACAGCAUCAACUACCAGUUCAUGCUGGGCAACGCGUUGCUGGUGACCCCCGUGGUGAACCAGGGAGCGUCGUCCGCGACCGGCUACUACCCGGCCGGUGUCUGGUACAACAUCUUCGACUACUCCAAGAUCACCAGCACCGGUGGAUCUGUGACGACGGCGGUGACUCUGUACGACAUGCCGGUGCACAUUCGCGGAGGAACCAUCUUGGCCAUGCACCAGUCGGCUCUCACCAGCACGGCCGCUCGCCUCACCCCGUUCGACAUCUUGGUCGCUCUACCGGCCAGUGGCAGCGCCAGCGGAGACCUGUACCUGGACGAUGGCGAGACCGUCAGCAACCCGAGCGCCACCAUCGUCAAGUUCACCGCCUCGGCCGGUACGUUCACGUCCACGGUGUCGCAGAACGACUAUGCGGGUGCUCGCUCGAGUCUGGUGAACAAGGUGAUCGUUCUCGGUGUGACGUCGGCGCCCUCGAGCGUGUCGGUCGGCUCCAUUUCCAAGUACGACUCGGCCACGCAGCGCCUGGAGAUCAGUCUCGCGAAUGUGAACCAUAGCAUCGCCUCGGGCUUCACGAUCACGUGGAAGUAA